AAUUGUCAGUGCAUGUGUGUGUUGUGAGUUGUUUUAAAAUAAAUUUAAUUCAAAAUGAAUUUUAUCGAAAUAAUAUCCGCUCAAUUCAGAUCAUUGGAAAAUAAAAACAUAGUUUUUGUUCUUUAUAAAAAUAUUGUUAAAACUCAUGUAACCAAUAUCAAAGACUUAAUUGAAUUUAGUUUUCAUGUACCAUUAGAUUCAGAUACUUUCUUAGAAGAACUAAUUAGAAAAUUUGAUGAACUGGAUAAAGAUGAAUUAAGGAAUAUGGAUGGACAAGUAAAGGCUUAUUUGCUUAGUUACAUACACUAUUGUAUAGAAUACAAUAAAAACCUAGUUAAAACAACCAUAUUGGCAUCCAACCUAUUCAUGAAACUAAUAUUGGUACCUGGCAUUGGAAAAUAUUUCUUUGAGCCUUAUAUAUUAAUGGUACAAAUACGUACUUUUGUAAAAACAUUAGUUACAAACCCAACUUUGCCAACAGAAAUGAUAAUGAGCACCAUGAAUUUAUACAAAGAAUAUUGUAUAAAAGAACACUUAGAAUCAAAGGUACUAGUAGGAAUAGCUAACCUUUUUAUGCUAAGCAUGGUAAAUAGUUCACGAACUCCUAUUGUUAAUAUUGAUGAAGCUCCUCCCAUUGCUAGGUUUGCAAUGACCAGUCUGACAGAAAUCAUUGCAGCCGAAAAAGAUGAACUCAAAUUAAGAAGCAUAAUGCUUUGUUUCUUCAAUAUAUUAUCAGAAAAUUUCCAAGUAUAUAUUCACUGCCCCACUACUGCCCUUAGUAUUAUAAAAGUGUUUAUAAGAGAUGUUUUACAGAAUGAAAUAGGCACGAAUAACAUGGAACACUUAUUAGAUUCUUUCAGCCUGUAUUGGAAAAAUGAAGAAUUUACUAAAUUUGAGGAAGCAGUUGAGAUUAUGAAUACUUUGCAUAGUAACCAUUACUCUGAUCUGGUCAAUCACAUGUGUAUGUAUACAAUGUGUGAGAACCACAAGAAUUAUUGGGACAGAAUUAUGUAUCUAGUGCUUGCUAUGGCUAAAAAUCCACCGCCAUUUAAUCUGAGAAUAAUAGCAGAAUAUUAUAUAAUCACAAUUGACAACAUUGUAAGCUGGAUGGCACAAGAAGACAAAACACAGUCAAAUAAAGUUAUUGAUAUGAUUGCCAAGUUUUGUCUACUGGACGAGAGUCAACUUGUUCAACUCGUAUUUAAGCCACUACAAGUAUAUAACGUCUUCGGUGGAAGACACGUAGACUUUUUUCUUUCUGCAUCGAAGAAAUUGGCUGAGAGCAAAUGGGGAGUCAGUCCAAGAAAUCAAAAUCUAUUGGUAAUUUUAAUGAAGGUUGUAGAAACAAGUAAACCUCUCAAUGAAAACAUGUUGUGUAGAGCCGUGGAAGCUCUCUGCAUGGAUUAUACACCUAGUGUAAUGUUACCAUCUCUUCCAAUUUUACAUAGACUGUUUUGCACUUUAAUGAUGAAGAAACAACAGAUGUGUGCUGGACUUGUAAUGGAAAUUAUGUAUAAUUGUGCCAUGCAUAGUGACGCUGCGUCUCAAAAUUUUUUGCUCCAUCUUUACCGUUCGAUGACAUUCAAAUCGAAUUUGGAGACCCACAAGCUAUUAUAUUAUACGGAAGUUCUUUUAAGUGACAGUUUUAAUUAUAAUGCUUUGUUUAGUAAACUGAAGAAAUAUAUAGGGCCUUCUAUCAUCAAUUUGGUGAUCGACAGUUUUAAUCUACGAGAAAAAUCAUUUGCAAUACUUUUAAAGUGCUUAGUUAUUCAUUCUUCAGUUGAAUUCACUGACUGUAUGAAUCUUCUGGUGUAUAUUCUACAAAAUUUUGAUGAGGUCAGUUCCUCAGGUGCUCUGGGUGCAUUAUGUUCUGCCUUGGACAAAAUUCUUCAAUCUAGAACAAUAUUAGAGACCGACCUUGAAGAUUUGGAUAGGUUAUUUAGUUUAAUAAUGGACGGCCUGUUUAAUGAAAGCUACCAUCCAGAAGACAUCAAAUGUGCUUAUCGGCUUUUGAUGAAAAUAAAAGGCAUUCUUAAUAUUGAUAAUGAUCGUGAGCUAAAUCAACUUAUGGAAAUUAUAUCAGAAAGAGCAUUGAGAGCGAUAUAUAUGAGAAGAGCAGGAGAUCUUGGAAUAAUUACAUACCUUAAUGAACUAUGUCUUGUGAUGCAAAAAGCACCAUUACCGUACGUUAUUAAUACCAUAGAAAAUAUGAUGGAUGAUAAGGACGAAAAAGAAGAAAUUAAAAAUUUGUUCCCUGAGAUUUAUAUACAACUACUUUCCUUAUUUACAAUUCAUGGCAUGUUGAGGAAAAGAAAAGCAAAUGUUGCCGUUAAGCACUUAAAUCAAGUACUGAAGGAUCCAAACCCUCUCUAUAAGUUAGCAGGAUUUAGGAUGUACUACUCUCUUUGCAAAACGAGAAUUAUCAGAGAUUAUGAACCUAUCUUUACCUUUGUCUUCAGAGAGAUAAUGAAUUCGCACGUUUUAGUAAUGAAGACUUGCCUAUAUGCUAUAGAGCAACUGAUCCAUAAUAAUCAUUUGAAAUUAGAUCACGAACAAUUUUUUAAAUGCAUACAUGUGGUUGGUUGUGAGAAUGUAUCACUUUAUGCCAGAACAUUCAUGUCAACAAGAUUCAUACCAACUUGUCAGAAUGAUAUUGCUGUACAUUACGUCAGAAGUUUGGUGUACCUUCAUCACUAUACAGGGUUGGCGUGCUAUCCUAUUACAUCAGAAUUUGAUAACGAACUGAUAAAAAUUGAGCUUAAAAUGAACUGCAAGCACGAAGUACCUUUGUUUUUAUUUACAAAUGUGUCAAUAAAAUACAAAUUUAAUAUUUUAUCAGAAGUUUCAUCAGUUUUUGAUUUGGUCGUAGCAGGCGAAUGUAUAAUAGACGACAAUUUUUUCAUCCUAAUGAAUACCUUGUGUUUAACCUUUCGAUAUAUUCAAAAUCCAACUACAGAAACAGGUAGCAUUCCCAAAAAUUACUACGAAAAUGUGAUGAAUUUUGUAGAAAAUAAAAUUGUCGAACAGUGCAGAUCAUACAAACCUGAAAAAGCUUAUGCACAAUAUGAACCAGAUAUUAAAAGAUGUACACUGUCUAUAUUGAAGCUACUAUUUUGGAACAACGUUAAUGUGUCCCAUAAAAUCCAAAUUCCUUUAUUUGACGCUGUAAUGCAUUGGAUAGAUUUUGUUAAAGAUGAGAUUAUUAACUAUAUCUAUCAAGAUAAUUCAAAAGCCUAUGGAAAAUAUUUUACAGACUUAGUAUCAUAUUAUAAUCUCAACAGAUCGCGAUUUAAGGAGCAGAAAAGCUUUGCACUCGAACUUCCUGGUGAUAAAGAUUAAGACUUGCCGCUAUAACCGAACUGAAUAAUAUCCCAUCAGUUUCUAUGUAAAACGGGAAGUUAUUGUUAAUGUUUAUGUUGUAAGCAUAUAGUUUUUGUAAAAGUUUUGUAUUCUUAAUGUAUUAAAAAAAAAUAGUUACCAUACUUAUAUAUUAAUAUUUUUGUAUACUUCUGCAUUACAUCACAUUCGUUUAACCAUAUUUCUGUAUUUUGAUAUAAAUUUUUAUUUUUUUACUGAUUUU